AUGCUCGAGGACGACUUGCUGUACACCUUCUACCAAGGUGCCUUCGGAGCCAGCUACAACUCCAACUGCGCACAAUACAUUGGUUUGAUCGCUGAUAAGAAGCCUGGCAUCGCCGUGCUCGAGAUCGGAGCCGGAACUGGUGGAGCCACUGGACAUGUUCUGGACCGGCUUCGAACAGAGUCAGGCUCUUCCAAGGCUUCCAGAUAUUACUUCACGGAUAUCUCUCCCGGGUUUCCUGCCAAAGCACAGGAGCGAUUCUCCACGGACGCCGCUAUCAUGGAAUUUGGGACUUUGAACAUUGAGAAUGACCCGCUGGAACAGGGGUUCAAGGAAGAGGAGUUCGAUAUCAUCGUGUGUGCGAACGUGCUGCAUGCGACGAAGAGUAUUCAAGAGACUUUGGAAAACUGCAAGCGACUAUUGAAACCAGGUGGCCAGCUCGUCCUCUCCGAAGUCACCAUAAAGCGAAUCUUCUGCGGCUUCAUCAUGGGUCCACUGCCGGGCUGGUGGCUUGGUGAGGACGAUGGCCGUAAGGGUGGUCCUCUUCUCGAUGUUCUGGAAUGGGCUUUUGCCUUGAAGAAGGCUGGAUACUCAGGUGUUGACCUCGACAUUCGUGGUGACUGCGAGGGUUCCAAGGAGCCGGUGUCUUUGAUCGUAUCUACGAAGCCGGCCGUCUCAACUGUCGAGCACUGCAUCUCGUUGGCUGAACUUGAGAAACCUUUGCUGGCAGACAUAGCAGGAGAAGACUGGGAAAAGCUCCGCAAACUGAUCUAUGAUCCCGCAGGACUUCUCUGGAUCACUGGCGGUGCAGCCAUGGAUUGCUCUCAUCCUCACCAAUCCCUCAUGGUGGGACUUGGACGUGCCAUUCGCAACGAGAACACCGGUCUCCACUUUGCGGUUCUCGACAUUGAUACUGCAGACACCAUCAACAUUGAGGCUUCCUCAAUUGCCAUAGCCAAUGUCGCCACGGCUCAUUUGAGCAGCGAUGGAGCUGACGGGGAGUUCGCAGCAAGGGGUUCGAAGGUCUUUGUUCCUCGAGUCGAGUGGACGCCUAAAGUUGAUGCUUCCCUGCGGAAAUACGAAGCGAAGGGAGAGCCAGAGCUUGUCAAUUUCAUUGGCAGUGGCCGUCCCCUGAAGCUGACAAUUAAGACGCCGGGUCUACUGGAUACCUUCCGAUGGCAAGAAGAUGAGACUUAUUACGAGCCAAUGCCAGCAGACUGGAUCGAAAUUGAGGUCAAGGCUGUUGGUCUGAACUUCAAGGAUGUUCUCGUCGCUCUUGGAAACCUAAACGAGAACAAACUCGGUGUCGACGUUGCUGGAGUAGUAACCGGGAUAGGGGCAGAUGUCAGCGACAUCAAGAUUGGCGACAGAGUCAUGACGGCCAGUUGUGAUACCUUCGCGACCUUCGUCCGCUUCCCGAUGCAGGGCGCUAUCCCGAUGACUCACGACAUGAGCUUCGAAGACGCUGCCUCUAUGCCUCUGAUCUUCCUGACAGCGUACUAUGUUUUGGUGACUGCAGGCCACCUCGAAAAGGGCGAGACGAUUCUUAUCCACGCGGCUGCUGGUGGUGUCGGACAGGCUGCUAUUAUCCUCGCCCAGCAUCUUGGAGCGGAGAUCUUUGCGACUGUGGGAUCUGAAGAGAAGAAAGACCUCAUCAUGAAGCACUACGGCAUUUCAGCUUCUCACAUCUUCUCUUCCCGCGAUGCGAGCUUCGCGAAGGGGAUCAUGCGCUCGACCAACGACAAGGGCGUUGACGUUGUGCUAAACUCACUUGCUGGUGAGUUGUUGAGACUGUCUUGGCAUUGUCUUGCUCCAUUCGGCCGCUUCCUGGAGAUUGACAAGGCUGACCUCUUCGCAAACACUGGAUUGGACAUGAAACCGUUCCUCGAGAACAAGAGCUACAUUGGCGUCAACUUACUGGACUUCGAGAACGACCCUACGCCACGAGCAGUGAAGCUCUGGACUGAUGUCGCCAAGCUGAUUGGGAACGGCUCUUUGAAGCCUGUUCAGCCUGUGCAGCAGUUCAACUUUGCUGAUGUUGAGAAGGCUUUCAGGUAUGUGCAGACUGGCAGACACAUGGGCAAGGUGGUCCUGCGCGUUGACGACAACGAUACGGUGCUGGCCAUUCCACGAACUCCAAAGGUUGGCGUCCGAACCGAUGGAACUUACAUUGUUGCUGGCCUCGGCGGCAUUGGGAGAGAGCUCGGUCGCUGGCUGGCUGAAAAAGGGGCAAAGCACUCGGUCUUCCUCUCCCGUUCAGCUGCAUCUGGUGCCGACAAUCAGGCCUUCGUCGAGAACUUGCGCAAGACAUACGAUACCAACGCCAUUGCUUUCGAUUGCGAUGUUGGCAACCGAGCUGCUUUGCAGACUGUGCUUUACAACAUCAGCGAACUCCCACUCGUUAGGGGCUGUGUCACCGGAGCUAUGGUGCUCAAGGACACGCUGUACGAAAAGAUGAGCGCCGAUGAUCUUCGCAUCACAGUUGGUCCUAAGGUGCAUGGCACGUGGAAUUUGCAUGAACUUCUGCCGAAGGACAUGGAUUUCUUUGUGAUGCUGUCUUCGCUUGCCGGUGUCAUGGGACAUCGUGGGCAAGGCAAUUACGGCUGCGGGAACAUCUUCCAAGACUACUUCGCCUCUUACCGUCGCUCACAAGGCCUCCCAGCCAUGACCAUCGACAUCGGGUACCUCCUCUCCGUCGGCUUCGUCGCCGAGCACGACGAAUACGUCGACCACGUCAAAGCUAUGGGUCUCAAAGUCAUGCACAACAGCGACCUUCACGGCCUGAUGGCCACCGCCAUGGAAGGCUCUGAUGCACAUCCAGCACAAGUAAUGUGCGGCCUUCCAUUCAACGAAUUCGAACCCCAAUGGUACUGGAUGAACGACAACCGCUUCGCCGGCCUCCGCAAACUCACUGGGGCCUCAUCUUCCGCAUCAUCCUCUACCAUCUCCCUCAAAGACGAACUCUCCCGCUGCACCGACAUCGCCGUCGCAAUCGAUACUAUUAGCAACGCGAUGGCUGAACGACUCGCGAGACUGAUGAUGAUCCCGGUGGCGGAUGUUGAUACGAACAAGCCGUUGAGCGCGUAUGGGGUUGAUAGUCUUGUGGCGGUGGAGGUGAGGAAUUGGAUUAAGAAGGAGAUGGGCGUGGAGGUCAGUGUGUUUGAUGUUAUGGGGAAUGUGCCCAUGAGGGUGUUUGCGGGGGAUUUCGCGGGGAGGAGCAAGGUUUUCGGGGGAAAGUGA